CUGAAAACGUAGGAAUCCGCUACAAUGCCACGAGAACACAAAGCCAAGCGCGGUCGCCGAGAAGAGAAGAAAGAGGAAAAUAAACUCAAAAGGAAGAGAGAGAAAGGCGAGGACGAAGCUCCCAGACUUAAGAAGCAGAAAUCGCAAGAACAAAACCCCGCCAUAGACAACGAUGUCGAGAUCACAGGCUUAAACAAUGACUACAUACCCCUCGUCGACAAAGAAGACGGAGGGGCUACGGAACGGCCGUUCUACGGCAUGCUCGAAGAUGAGGAGCAAGAAUACUUCCGGCACGCAGACGAACUCCUCGAACUAAACGAUUUCCCCUCCGAAGAAGAACGCUCCUUGUUUUUGGAAAAUGUAUACCGCGAAGCAGACGGCAAGGAGCUGAAGAUUGCAUGUAGCCAAUCGUGUUCGAGACUGAUGGAACGACUGAUACUGUUGAGUUCUGCGGAGCAGAAGAAAAAGCUGUUUGAGAAAUUUACGGGAAACUUUGCGCAUUUGGUGCAGCAUCGAUUUGCGAGCCAUUGCUGCGAGACGCUAUUUAUCCAAUCUGCACCAGUCGUUACGGAGGAGCUGACUGCGGCAUCGAAAAAGAAGGAGGAUGUGGAGGAGAAGGAUGCUGUGUCAAUGGAGACCCUGUUCCUACAAACACUGGACGAACUCGAAGGAAAAAUGACUUUCCUCCUCACCGACCGCUUCGCAUCUCACACCCUGCGAGUCCUGCUCGUGGUCCUCUCUGGCAGGCCGUUAGAACAAGCCUCAACCAGGUCCCUCCUUCAAAGUAAGAAGAAAGAGAAAAUCUCCAUCACAGGCCUCGACAGCACACCCACCGAGCUCCCCCUCACCAAGCGCUCCGUCCCCUCCUCCUUCCAAUUCGCAGUCGAAAAGAUACUCUCCGACACAAUCGCAACCAUGGACCAAUCCUUCAUUCGGAUCCUGGCUACGCAUCCCACGGGAAACCCAACUCUCCAACUACUCCUUGAGUUAGAACUUACGAACCCCAACACUAAAAAAGGGUCUAACACCGAUGAGAAAACUAUUGUCUCUGCCCUCCUGCCUGAUAAUAUCGAAGAAGAGGGUUCUGAAUCAGCAACAUUCGUAAACGGUAUCCUCUACGACGCAAUCGGCUCCCGCCUUCUGGAAACAAUAUGCACCUUCGUCCCAGGGAAACUCUUCAAGUCCCUGUACCGAAGUACCUUCAAAUCCCGUCUCGGCGCCCUCUCUCGGAAUGAAAUCUCUUCAUACCCCACAAUCCGCAUCCUUAACCGGCUUUCAAAAGAAGACUUAGAAGAAGCCAUCGAAGCCAUAAUCCCACAACUCGAAGGUCUCGUCCAACGAAGUCGAACAACCGUUAUCAAGACAUUAUUCGAGCGAUGCGCCGCAAGAGGUGCAGACACCACAUCUCUCACCACCGCGCUCACCUCAGCCUAUGGUUCCGGCCCAUCGACUCUUAUCCUGAAAAUGGCAUGCAUAGACGACCUCGCCUCUCUCCUCUCUACAACCUUCCCUCCUCUCCCUUCAUCCACCCCCGCCGAUGAUUCUCAACCACCAAAACGCCCACCACCAACACUAAAACCCAGCCCUCCACAACUCCACGGCUCCCUGCUCGCCCAAUGCCUCCUUCAAAUCCCGGGCCCACCUUCAGAGUUCAUCCAAUCUUCCCUCCUCGCCCUGGAACCCCAGACUCUCUUGGCUUUGGCAAUCUACCAAACAACAACGCAUAUCAUCCAAUCCGCGCUCCUACCAACCACAACAAAUACACCAUUUCGCAGGAAACUAAUCAACUUACUCCUUUUCCCGCCCCCAACCUCCACGAACGAAGAAAAUCCGGUAAUCACCCUAGCGCUCUCCCCCACAGGCUCACACGUCCUCGACAGCCUCCUAACAUCAACCACUCUUCCCUCUUCCCUCUUCUCUCUCACCGAGCGCAUCGCCACAGCUCUCACAUCCUCCGAAGCAAUCUUACGAGAUUCAUUCGCCGGCCGCAUCGUAUGGCGGAACUGGAGUCUCGACCUAUUUAAACGGCGACGUGGGGAGUGGGUGAAUAAGAUUAAAUCUGAAUCCGCGUCCCUUCCCCCUUCCCAGCCAGCGAUUCUGCAACCGUCUGAGGUUACGGUUGAUGAAGGAGCAGUUAAAGAGGAAGGCAAGGAGGGGAAGAAAUCGAAGGACAACAAGCAAAAGAAAGACAACAAAUCUAAGCUUCCUCAGGAGAGCUUCAAAGGAAAAGGGAAUACAGGGGGCAAAUCAGCGAUCCAGCUCGCGCGCGAGAAGUUCGCAGCAGCCAAGGCUGACAAGAUGACUGGCUCCAACUCCAAACCUACUUUUAAACCCGGAAGAGGGAGGGGUACCGGGGCGAAUGCCAUUUAAGUUGAUUCUCUCCUCGCUGUCAACUUGCUUGGAAAAGUAUCAAGACGAGGGCUACGGAUGACGGGGAGGGGAGAUGGAGGUGGAUUGUAGAUAGCAACGCAGGAUGAGAUGAAUGAAUGAAUGAAUGAAUGAUACCCCGC